AUGCUUUUACAUAGCGUGUUGAGACGAGCUCCAUUUCUCUACAAACGUGCAUCGUGUAUUCCCCGAUCCUUUAGCUGGCCCCGAAGGUUCGAAUCCACUUCCAAUACUGCAGUUCUACUACAGAAAAACCUAGCCCAAAGAAAUAACGCCCUCUACAAUGACAGUAACGACACGCUACGAUGCACCAUUUUAGACUCUCAAGGUAAUGUCGGGACCCCUUCUUUGGAGGUUAAGAGAGAGGACCUGAUUUCAAUGCAUGGGAUGUUACCUCGAGAUUUGCGGAAGAUAGAGAAGUCUCGCAAAAAGGACCUGGUCCCCAUCCUUUUAGUCCGUGAAAACAGUAUUUUCAUCAGUCUGCUGACGAUACGUGCGCUGGUCAAGUGUGAUACGGUUAUUCUUUUCGAUUCCGUGGGUCUUUCUCUGGAAUCAAGAGCUCAUCGGACUUUCUUAAACGACUUAUCCCUAAGAUUGCGCAACCAGGAUGUGAACGGAAUGACUAGGGACCCCCUUCCGUACGAAUUUCGUGCGCUAGAAUCCAUUUUCGUCUGUGCACUGUCGAACUUGACCGCUGAAAUGAAAGUUCAUCUCACCGUAACGCGGGGCAUCCUACAAGACUUGGAGUACAGUAUAACUCGAGACAAGCUACGCUUUCUGCUGGUUCAAAACAAAAAGUUGAGUCAGUUCUAUAAGAAAACAUCGCUGAUGGGCGAAAUGAUUGAUGAUUUGUUGGACCAGGACGACGACCUGUGCGAGAUGUAUUUGUCUAGCAAGCGUGCCGGCAAGUUUCGCGACGAAAAGGACCACGCCGAAAUCGAGAUGCUGCUUGAAACCUACUACGCACACGUGGAAGAGAUUGUACAGACCAUAGGAAGCACCAUUUCCGACGUGCGCACCACUGAAGAGAUUAUAAAUAUUAUUUUGGAUUCCAAUCGAAAUCAACUGAUGUUGCUAGGCUUACGCUUCAGUAUCGGACUUUUGUCAAUGGGUGGCGCUCUCUACGUUGCCUCGCUCUACGGUAUGAACCUCGAAAACUACAUCGAGGACGGCAACAUCGGAUUUCUGCUUGUCACGACCGUGUGUGUCUUUUCUAUGUCGCUGAUUUUCAUCUACAGCAUAAGACAGCUUCACAGACUACAAAAGAUGACGCUUACGGAGAGCAGCAAGGGCAAAGCCUAG